GGCUCCUCGCUUCAAUAUCACCAUCAGAUGACACUAACACGUGUUGUCAUAUCGCGCUGGCGCCAGGCCAAAUUAAUCCAGGAUUAACACACAGACCACUCAAUGACUACAAACUCAGUUGACGGACGCUCUUUCAGUUGCAGAAGACUCGAUCGCUUGAAACGAAACAGUGGAGCCCAUAGAAAUCAACAAUAGAAAUAUAAAGUAGAAAAUCGGAAUCUAAUAGCGACAUGGGAUCUAAAGGAGUGUUUUUGGUGGUGUUACUGAGUGCGUUAACAGCGUAUUACGUUUAUUUACCUAUUCCGAAUAACAUAGAGGAGAGAUGGAAACUCAUGCUCACUGACUCGUUCUUCAGAAGUUUGAGCCACUUGGCAGAACUUACUGAGCAGCUGGGACUUUUGGACUACAUGAAAGUCAUGAUGUUCAUCACCUUUGCGGAGCGAGUGGUACCAGUGUCGGAUGAUAGGGUGCAAGUGGUCGAUGAGAGUUUUGAGGGGGUGGAGGUCAUUGUGUAUCAGCCUGCACAGAAAGAAGACACAGGAGAGCAAAAAAGAGCCAUUAUUUACCUGCAUGGAGGAGGAUGGUGUCUGGGCAGCUCGCGUGAGUUUUGUUAA